GUGUGUGUCACUUCAGUAAUCUGCAGGAUGCCGCCGUGAUCGUGUGGUGUCUGCACUUUCCAUUCAAUUAGUUACUUGUGUCACGUGUUUUGUCCAUUUACAACGCCAGAAAGUACAUUAGCUGUAAUCCGAGUGUUCCGGACUCGCGGCACAUUUUCUACAAGUUUACACUGGUGGAUCGAUUCUCCCGGUGGGCGAAUCGAAAAGGAGACGGUUGGAUUUCUUGCUGGGGGUGCGAUAGAUGCAUCGUUGACUCUUGAUAUCAAGGGGCAUAUAUGUCCACGCCAAUUCGAUAUGAGUAUCGAAGGAAGAUCGUGUAUCGUGAGAAGAUGACGCCGCGACGGUACGUGUUCGCGGCGAUUAGGCGAACAUUGCUGGCUGCUGGUAUCUUGACGUUGCUGGUGUUGGCUCUGUCGAGCCAGGACACCGGCAACAAUGUGCAGCAGGGCCUUUUGUUGGAGGAGGAUGCGAACCUGACACCCGAGGAAAAGUUGAUGGAGGAAGCAGCGAUCGCCGAAACUGAGAAACGGUUGAACGUAAGGAGGAAAUUCUUGGCGGAGAAGUGCGCCGAGGAAGGUUUGGACAGGCCUGGGAACGAUUCUCUGCACAGACCGAAUGCUUGGGAAUUUCUUGUAAAUAGGGAGUAUCAUUUAAUAUGGUGUAACGUGUUCAAAGCGGCCUCUACCUCUUGGAUGUACAAUUUCAAUCUACUCGCGGGAUACAGCCCACAGUUUUUAAAGGCCUCGAAGGCUGUGCCUGUUUCUUUGGCGAGGCAAAAAUAUCCCAGAUACACGGCAGAUGAGUUGAACAAGUUUCUAAACGACAGCAUCAGUUUCUUGAUAGUGAGACAUCCAUUUGAGAGGUUGCUCAGCGCCUACAGGGAUAAAUUGGAGCACAGCCUGCCGCAUACGUUUCACAGUAAUCUUGGUGCCCAUAUUGUUUGGAACUAUAGGUCUAAAGAUCCAAAGACGAAUGGACGACACGGUCCAAGGUACCCACUCUUUGAAGAGUUUGUACGAUGGUUGCUAUGCCAAUGGAGAGCCGGAAACGAACUUGACAUGCAUUGGACCCCAGUUGUGACCUUUUGCACACCGUGUCAAGUGCGGUUCGACGUGAUAGCCAAGUUUGAAACACUUCAUGAAGAUCAAGAUUAUCUUAUAAAACAAGCUCAUGUGAGUCACAUCAUUAAGCCUGAAUGGAAGAACCCUACCAGAGGCGUCCAAACGAAAGACGUGAUUAAGAAUUAUUUCGCUCAAUUAUCAAAAUCGCAGAUCAAAGAUCUCUAUGAGAUGUUUAGGUACGAUUUCGUGCUUUUCGAUUAUUCUCCCGACGAGUACGUAGCACUCGGGAAAGACGAGGACACAGUGUUAAUCUGUAAAAAGUAAUACUAACAUUUCGUACAUUAUUGACAAGCGCGUGUCGGCGCGUGAAUUGUUCUCCACUUGCGUUUCAGUUCUUUAAACGUUGAAUAGCAUGUUAAAUGCAAUUGAAGCAUCGAUUACAACGAAAAUAUUUGAUAGCAAACCAGAACGAGAGUUAUACUCAAAUUAACAAUACAUUUGCAAACCCCUGCUGCUGCAUUUAAAUAUUUUGAUAAACGAGGUGUUGUUAGUUCAAUUGUUAGGGGCUAAGUCAAAAAGAUCACGAGAGAAUUCCGUUGCUUAAAUACUACACGUGAUUAUUACGAGAAUUUUAUGAUAAGGAUAAUGCUCACUUCGGCGAAUCUUUUUUGCUUCAAGCUCGAGAGAAUGGGAAUAGUUUAUUAUAUUAGUGCUGACAAAGAGUGCUCUGCAUUCCUUGUAGAAACACCUAGUAACAAUGUCCCUGUUUCAUUUCAGUUGAAUUAACUGUUAUAGAGUACAAUUCAAUAUGAGUGCGGUGAUAUUUUGUUACAUCAUAUUGUUACGGAUAUAUUUCAACUUGAUUCAAGCGAGUCGAGCUAAUUGUUUUUUUUUUUUUUCGUGUUUGUAUAUUUUGGAGAAUACGUAUAUAUUUUCGCUGAAUCUAUAUGUAUAUACCUGUAUAUAUAAAUAUACAUACACGUGUACUGAUAUGAAUGUUGUUGCAAUAGUAAUUAUUAUCAUUGUACCAAUGAUAAUAAUACUGCCUUCAGGAGAUAUAUAUAUAAUUGCAUUAGUAAGAUGUAUGUUAAAUUGUACAACUUCCAAAUGCAAGGGUAUUCAGAGAUCUGUAAGUUUGAAGUUUUCCAGUAUUUACUUGUAUUUUAGAUCUGGUGUUUGAGUUUAUAGUUUGUAUGCCUUAAUAUAAUACGCGAUAAGCCUAUGCGAUGGCCUUCUUAUAGACUUAUUGGAGUCUAUGAGAGUUUAUUUUAGUCUGUAAGACUCAUUUAAAAGCAUGGAACAUUACAUCGUAUGUACUUAAAUCUAAUACAAAUACAAAUUUUUCAUUACCGAGAAACUUCUUGCGAAUAAAAUUGAAUUGUUUGUAAAAUUUAUAUGAGACAAAAGUGAUACGAUGAGUUUUAAUCCCCCAAAUUAUAAGCACAAAAUGACAAUAAUUAUUUUACAAGGCAAAACUAUUUAAGAAAAAGUAAUUGAUCACAUGGAAUACCUAAUCUUCAGGUUGAAAUUAAUCAAAAAAAUAGUAGGAUAGACAAGUUGUUUGUAGAUGACUUGUUUGAUUGUCCAAGGUAGAUAGAUAUAAAAAUAUCAACGCUAUUGCAAGCAUAAUACCAUCGUUUUUCUUUAAUUAGAUCAAAAUCUAUGUACAAUCCUUGGAGAAUCAAGAUUCUAUCCUUGAUUGUUAGCAACGUACUUACUUGUUUGAACUGUUGGUCAGCUCAACUCCGAUAACCCAUUUAUCAGUGAAAACGUAUUUCCAAUUGCUGUUUAUUACCAAAAAUUCAUGAGGGAGCUUACUAACUUCAUAUUUCUUCUUCUUCACAACCAGUUGUCCAUUUAUUGUGUACAACUACAAAUUGUAUAUACUGAGUUUAAUAUACUUUAACACUUGUU